AUGUCAUUUUUGUGGGGAUCCAGCAAACCGGAAGAGCCAAAGACCGUGGCCGCCGCCAACAACAACGACCUUCAACAAAGACUUGGGUUCGAUCCAUCUCAAGUGUCCAGUCUUAACCAAGCGAUCAACCUUGAUGCUGCGAAAUUGCACCCGCUUGCCGAACUUGAAAAAGGGGUUGAGUAUCUUGACAUUGAAGGGGAAUCCAUUCUUUCUUCUGAAGGGUCUCAAAACGGGUUCCUUCCGUCCCGUGGGUUCAACGAUGAUUUGUGUUAUGGGACUGGGACCGUUUACUUAUCAGCGCUUUCCCUUGGUGGGGCCUAUGGUUUCGUCGAAGGGAUCAGAAACAUUCCUCGUGGUACCACCAGUGGGAAAUUGAGAUUGAACACCAUUUUGAACCACAUCACCAAAAGAGGUCCAUUUUUAGGCAACAGCGCCGGGGUGUUGGCCAUCACUUACAAUAUAAUAAACUCUUCCUUCGGGGCUCUCAAGGGGAAACACGAUGACUGGAACUCUCUUGCCGCAGGGUUCUUGACCGGGGCUAUCUUCAAGAGUAGUAAAGGGUUGAAACCAAUGGGGCUCAGUGCUGCCUUGAUGACUGGGGUCGCUGCUGCUUGGUGUGGUGUCAAGAGAUUGGCAAACUAG